AGUAACCGGAGAAGCUGAGACUGCAUUUACAUGGACUUAAGCGGCUGAAGCAGAGACUGAUAAAAAAAAAUAUUCACACACGGAGCCAUGACACAGAGACAGUUUGCAAGGGAGUCCAGUUCACUGAAGUCAUAAAUAUCAUGAACUUUGGAUCUUCCCGCUGUGCUGACGAAGGUUGGUGGGGGAAGAGUGCCGGAGCUGAAGACAGAGAGGGUGGAAUCUGAGGGGUUGAAUGACUAACACUGGAGAUUCAGAACGGAGGAAACACACCAGAAAACGCGGAUCUCCACCCAAAUGUGACCUCGGGAAAAGGGCUCUACCUUUCAUGGAUAUUCAUGACAGGCUGUGGCAGUGGCACCCCUGCGUGGUUCAACAGGAAGUGGAGUCAGCGCCUUUCAACGCUGAGUGCACUUCCACUGGACUUAUGGCAAUCUCUUCCUGCUUGGAUUCGCAUUGGGGCUGCCUUGCUGGCUUUGUUGAUCUAUUCCCAGAGUAACAGGCUCUAUAGCUUCGUCACACACAUCUUCAUCUCUCAGUACCGCUUUCCCUAUGUGGUACCCCUCUCGUUUGCACAGGUGGUGGUGACCCUGCUGGCCUUACAGACGCUGCAUGCUGUAGGAUGCAUCACUUUGCUGCCUUACUCUCUGCAGCUGGGUGAAUGGUUACUGGUGCCCUCCAUUUGUGACAGUAUCCAGACAGUGCUGGCACUGUGGGCAGACAUCAGCGCCCCCUCUGGCCUCUACCCUCUCACACUGCACCUGCUCCCUCUGGCCUGCGUGGGCUGGACCCAUGCCCUCGGCCUGACUCCACCCCCCUCCAGCCAUACCACCUUUCUAUUGGCUGCUGUUACACUCACGUCUGUGACAAUAACAGGAACACGUGACUUCCUGUUGGCUGAUCCCUUGGUGUGCCUCUACGCCCCGCUGAGCCUCCUCCUGCACAGCCUGUCUCUCUGCUGGCUGGCCUGUGUGGGGAACAGAGAGGCGGGGCAAAAGGGACAGCGGGUAUCCCCCUUUGACCUGUACUUCUCCCUAACCGUUAACAAAAGCCUGGUGCUGGGCUUCCUGUGCCUGCUGCACCCGGACGCCCCGCGAAUGCUGGGUGAGGGCUGCUGGCACAGCCUGCUGUUCCUUGGAUACCUGCUAGCUAUGCUGCUCCUGGGGUCCCUCCAGCGCCUCCUGCUGGCCCUCACAGCACUGUACUGCACCCCACUGGCUGCAUCGCUCCUUGACACAGGGCAUGGUUUGUUUCGGUCUUUCACUAGUCUGCUGUAGCUGGAGGGGAGGUGCGCGUUGUUUUUGAAGUUGUCACGGCAAGCAAACUCCUGCACAGAUUUUCUAACCUUUGCCUUGUGGAUUGGCUGACAUGAUGGUUGAUCUGGUGAAUGGGAUAAGCCAUCCAGAUAAUAUAAAUAUCAGUGAAUCCAAGCAAAAUUUUUCUCUGAGGUAUUGCCCCCGAGUGUCAACGUUCAGGGGCAAAACUCAGACAACCAGGGAUUCAUCCGUGGUCUUUAUCUGUCUUUCAUACUUCAUUACCUUAUAAGCUCCAGAAAAGGACACCACUGUUCUUUUCAUUGUUAUCCAUGUGCAAAAUGUCAGAACAUUACAACAUGAUCUGUUGGGAUUCUUCAGAAAUAUUAAAGAGAAAAAUAUAACCAGACAUAUGCUGAUAUAAAUUAGUGCAAAUGGAGGGCACAUAUUAAAGUGUACAAUGAAGGAAUGUGUACAAAUAUCAACUAUUAUUAGAUCUGAAAAUGUAAUAU